AUGACCACGACGAAAACAGACAUGGUGAUUAGCAGGAGCCUGCCAAAAACGCUGACCAAGCCGGGCAAAGUGGCACGUGGCAAAUGCACGACCUCGCGCCGCUUUUUUUUGGACGUCGUGACGAUGGCACGAACAGUGCAGGGCCUCAGUGAGGAUGCAACGUCCCGUACGGGCAAUGUAUCGCAUAUCCUCAAUAAGCACAAGCGCCAGGAUGAAUUUCAAAAGUAUCGGAAAGAAAAGACGCGCAAGAAAUUGCAACGAAGGCUGCAAAUCGCCAAGGAAGAGCGCACGUCUGCGGGGGGGAAAUUGAAGCGUAAGGAGCGUCUUGCUACGAAUAAGACAAGGACAAUCGAGAAUACGCGCGAUUAUAAUCCUACGGUACUGAAUGCGCCGAAUACACAUGAAACGCCGUGCUGGAUGCAAGCUAAGGAGCCUGUAUUACCCAGUACGGAGAGGGAAGCGAGUGACGACGACGAAGGAGAAAAAGACGAAGGAGAAGAGGACGACGACGAAGAGGACGACGACGAAGAGAACGACGACGAAGAUGACGACGAAGAGGACGAUGACGACGGGCCCGAAGAAAUCCAGCUGGACGAAUCCAACGUGGCUGAGGCGUGGCCAGACUUGGUCGACCCCCAGCAAGCCAAGUACGAUCUAGACGAUGAUCUACACGCUGCACCCUCCAUCCUUAUUACCACUUCGAUGCCGUCGAACUCAACUUCGCCACAUCUUACCUCGGCAAACGCUCGAAGCCACCCAGCAGCGCAAGUGCGCGACUUUAUCAAAGAACUUCUCAAUGUCUUUCCCGGUGCCGAGUAUCGUCCGCGCGCCAAAGCUCAGGGUGCAGGGCUUGGCAAGAUUUGUAGCUGGGCACGCUCGCGGCGAUUCGAUGCCGUUGCCGUGAUUGGCGAGUCGCGCAAGAAGCCAUGUACACUUACCCUUGUCCAACUCCCGCUUGGCCCUACCGCCCUCUUCCGACUUACUUCGAUCGAUAUGGGCAAGGAUAUCUUUGGGCAUGCACGACCCACUCCGCACACUCCUGAGCUGAUCCUGAAUAAUUUUACCACCGCGCUAGGCCACCAAGUCGGCCAAAUGCUGCAGCAUCUUUUCCCAAAAAUUCCCCAGCUCGAAGGACGCCAGGUCGUUACUGCACAUAACCAACGUGACUAUGUCUUUUUCCGUCGCCAUCGCUACGAGUUCCGCACCAAAGACAAGGCAGCCCUGCAGGAAAUAGGCCCGCGAUUCACCCUGAAACUUGUUUCUAUGCGCGCUAACCUUCCCAAAGGCGCCGGUGCAUGGAAUGGCCGUUUUGUGGAGGAGCUCGAAGACAGUCCCGAAGUCGAGCCGCCCGCAGCAGCGUCGCAUGCCGCACCCGACGAAGGCUUGGAAUUUAAGUGGGAACCGAAAAUGGGUGCUUCACGACGCAACUUUUACCUGUAG